AUGCAAGAUAAAAUAUGGCAGUCAACAACAUUUCCGUCACAAAGAACAUCUGAUUCUCGCAUAUCUCAGCAUGAAUCUGAAACGAAAUUCUAUGUUGGUGUGGAUGUCGGAACAGGCUCUACAAGGGCAUGCAUUAUAGACAAAUCCGGUAAUAUUUUAUCUCUGGCAGAAAAGCCCAUAAAGAGAGAGGAAUUAUUAUCUAAUUUUAUCACACAAUCUUCUAGAGAAAUCUGGAACGCUGUUUGUUAUUGUGUUAGGAAGGUUAUUCAAGAAGCAGGUGUUGAUCCUGCAAGAAUUCAUGGAAUAGGGUUUGAUGCGACUUGUUCCUUAGUGGUCGUAUCAGCUACUGAUUUCAAAGAGAUUGCAGUUGGUCCAGAUUUCACCAACAAUGACCAGAAUAUUAUACUGUGGAUGGAUCAUAGAGCAAUGAAAGAGACUGAAGAAAUUAACUUUUCUGGAAAUACAUGUUUGAAAUAUGUGGGAGGUCAAAUGUCUGUCGAAAUGGAAAUUCCCAAAAUCAAAUGGUUAAAAAACAACUUAGAAUCUGGAAUUUUUCAGGAUUGUAAAUUUUUUGAUCUUCCAGAUUACCUAACCUUCAGAGCCACAGGUAAAGAGAACAGAUCGUUUUCUUCUGUCGUUUGUAAGCAAGGAUUUCUACCAGAGGGUGUCGAAGGUUCUAAUUUGGGGUGGUCUAAGCAAUUUUUAGAUUCGAUUGGUCUCUCAGAGCUAACUGAUAAUGAUUUUGAAAAACUGGGUGGAUCUUUAAGGAAUCAGAAAAACUUCUUGAGUGCAGGUGAAUGUAUUGGUCCGUUGGACGGAAAAGCUGCUCGUCAAUUGGGCCUGACAGAGUACUGCGUAGUUAGUUCGGGAAUUAUUGAUGCAUAUGCAGGAUGGGUUGGAACAGUAGCCGCUAAGCCAGAAUCAGAAAUAAAAGGUCUCACUGAAAACGAAGAUUAUAAACAUGAUUUUAACGGCGCAAUUGGCAGACUGGCAGCUGUUGCCGGUACAUCUACAUGCCAUAUUUUGUUAUCAAAAAGUUCUAUUUUUGUUCAUGGCAUUUGGGGCCCCUAUAGAGAUGUUCUUGCAAGAGGUUUUUGGGCAGCAGAAGGUGGCCAAAGCUGCACAGGGGUUCUUUUGGAUCAUGUGAUAACUACACAUCCAGCAUUUUCUAAGUUAUCUCAACUGGCGGACGCAGCCAAUGUGUCAAAAUUUGAAUACUUGAACUCAGUGCUUGAAAACCUAGUUGAAAAACGUAAAGAGAGGUCUGUUAUUUUCUUAGCCAAGCAUCUUUUUUUUUAUGGUGAUUAUCGCGGUAAUCGCUCACCUAUAGCAGAUCCAAAUAUGCGUGCUUGCAUCAUAGGACAAUCUAUGGAUAACUCGAUUGAUGAUUUAGCUGUUAUUUAUUUGGGAGCCUGCGAGUUCAUAUCACAGCAGACCAGGCAAAUCAUUGAGGUAAUGUUGAAAAGUGGGCAUGCAAUCAAUGCAGUUUUCAUGUCGGGUGGGCAGUGUCGAAAUGGUUUACUAAUGAGAUUGUUGGCUGAUUGCACUGGUCUGCCAAUAGUGAUUCCGCGAUACAUUGACGGAGCAGUUGUAUUUGGUUCUGCCUUACUCGGAGCUGCAGCAAGUAAGGUAUUUGAUCUUAACAAAAGAAGAAGGGUUAUCAAAAGUAAAAAAUCUUCUUUAGUACAAACAGAAUUUCUCGAAGGUUUAUAUCCAUCGAUACAAAACUUGCCAUUGGAAAAUCACUCAACAAAUGUUGUUGCGUCCUAUAAGUUAGCAUGUUCAAAUUUAAAUGCUCCUGCCAGAACAAGUAGUGAUCUCUUCCCGAUCUCUAAGGAACAACCAGCUGACAUGAUCUCUGACAAAAGUAGCAAGGGCAUUUCAUUGGACAAAGGACGAGAGAAUCUGGAGGAGGAAAGAGACAUAGAUAAAAAUAUUCUAUGGAAAGUUAUGCAAGAGCUAACAGGUAAUGCAAAAGUAAUCUGUCCCAAUACAAAAACUCAUCCGGAUAGAAUUCUUUUAGAUACGAAGUAUCAAAUUUUUCUUGACAUGGUUGAAACUCAAAGAAACUAUAGACGUAUGGUAGAUAAAGUAGAAGAGACCUUUAGUAGGUGA